AUGUACCAGAGGGAUUACAGGGAUUUCCACGCGCUUGAACCCGACCCAGCGUACGUCAGAAAGUUGGAGCCUCCCAUCUUUUGGGACCACAACCCGAGCACGAGCAUCACCACCAAGUUCGUGCAUUCAUCGGUUAACCAGGUCAAGUGUCCGAUCAACUGUGUCGCGUGGACGCCAGAGGGACGACGAUUGGUCACAGGAGCGUCGAGCGGCGAGUUCACGCUCUGGAACGGCUUCACCUUCAACUUCGAAACAAUUUUGCAGGCGCACGAUACGGCAAUCCGUUCGAUGGUAUGGAGUCACAACGAUCAGUGGAUGGUGACGGGAGAUCACGAGGGCAUCGUCAAGUACUGGCAGUCCAACAUGAACAACGUGAAGGCCUUCUCGGCACACAAGGAAGCUGUUCGCGAUAUCACCUUUGCGCCGUCGGACAUGAAGUUCGCAACGUGCAGUGACGAUGUGUCGAUCAAGAUCUGGGAUUUCACUCGCUACACAGAAGAGAUCACACUAACAGGUCACGGUUGGGACGUCAAAUGCCUGGAUUGGCAUCCGGUCACUUCCCUGCUGGCUUCGGGAAGUAAGGACAACCUUGUAAAGCUGUGGGACCCCAAGUCAGGCAAGAAUCUGACAACAAUACACGGGCACAAGAACACCAUUUUGGCGGUGGAGUGGAACAAAAACGGGAACUGGCUUCUCACCGGCUCGCGGGACCAACUUCUGAAGAUAUUCGACAUCCGAACGAUGCGAGAGCUGCAGACGUUCCGAGGGCACAAGAAGGAGGUCACCUCUGCCACUUGGCAUCCGGUGCACGAGGACUCCUUCACGAGCGGCGGCUACGACGGAAGCAUUCUGUUCUGGCGCGUCGGGUUGGACGCGCCGCAGGGCAUCAUUCAAAACGCGCACGAGGGCUCCAUCUGGGAUAUGGCCUGGCAUCCUCUGGGCCAUAUUCUCUGCUCUGGAUCCAACGAUCACACGACCAAGUUCUGGUGCCGCAACCGACCGGGCGAUCCCAUGACCGACAAAUACAACGAAAUCAAGGAGGAGGAGAAGGAAAAGCCAAAGGAAAAGUAUGAACCAUCAAUGCCGACCACCGGAGGGGCCAUCCCGGGCUUGGGCCAAAUGCGACGACCGCGCGACGACCGAGGAAAGGAGAGAGCGCCAGUGAAGCCUCCCGGUUCCUCUGCGUCCGGCCCCAUGCACGUCGUGCCUCCUCCCCUGGUGCGCGGUCCUGGCGGCAUGGGCGGCCCGAUGGUGUUCAUUCCGGGCAUGGGGGGUCCCACCGCUCCCGGCGGUCCGCCGAUGAUGCCGCCCUUCCCCAUGCCUGGCGGCCCCGGUGGCCCGGGCGGUCCUCCCGGCUUCGCCUCCGACCGCGGCGGCAGCGGCGGACCACAACCGGGCGGCAUGCCCCACCCGCACGGUGGCGGCGGACCGCCUCACGGAUUCCCGGGCGGCGGCAACGACGGACCUCCGCGUGGUUUCCCAGGCAGCGGACCGCCCCAGCACCAGCGACCACCUCCGCAGCAAGGCGGCGGCUUUGGCGGACCUCCGCCGCACUUCCCGCCUGGAGGCGGACCUCCCCCGCACCACCAGCAGCGGCCGCAGCACCCCGGCGGACCUCCCGGCGGCGGCGGUCCGCCUCCCUUCGGCUUUGGCGGACCCGGCGGCCCUGGUGGACCCAUGAUGGGCGGACCCGGCGGGCCUCCCGGUGGCUUUGGCGGCAUGCCAUCCAUGCCGCCGUUCAUGGGCGGCCCGCCUGGGCCUCCCGGAGGCUUUGGUGGCAUGCCGCCCAUGGGCCAGUUCCCGCCUCCGCCACAGCACCAACACCAGCAUCAGCACCAGCAGCAACAUCAGCACCAGCACCAACGGCAUCAACGGCAAGGAGGUGACGGUCAAGGCCGCUACUGA